CUCUAAAAGCUUAUUCGAAAACCCGUCCCAAACUAGUUCAAAACAAUAGAGAUAUUUCGUCAAACAGUUUGCAUGCGAGAAGAAGAUUGGCUGAAAAGUGAGUGUGGUGCGAGGGAAGGAUGAAGGGGAGACACAUGUCGACCCAUGGGAAGCCCAGUUCAUCGAUGGGCUUAAAAUGGAAUAAAGUAUAAAUAAAAAAAACCCUCCCUUGACGCUCCUCAAAUUCAAUAUCUCUCCCUCUGCGUCCUCUCUCCUUCCCUUUUCACCUCUGUAUCUCCUUGGGUGAGUAAUUGUAUCCCUAUAAAUAUGGGAAUCAUAUACCUUUCCUUAUACCACAUAGUAUUGUAUUUCUUUUCUCAAUAUCUCUCUGUAUACAGCAAAUUGAUGGAUGGAAGCGACUGCAAUAAGAGGAAAAAGAGCGAGAGUGACAGAAUAAGUGAGUUGCCUGAUGAGAUCAUAUACACCAUACUGUCUUCCCUACCCUUGAGACAAGCUGCGGCGACUGGCCUUCUUUCUCACCGAUGGCGCCAUUUGUGGAAGCACACUCCUAAUCUCGACUUCUACGACAAACACCAUAUUUUAAUCAAUCGCAACUCAUGGCGUGCGGAGAAGUGCCACCGUGUCAAAAUGGUCAAUUCGGUUCUUCAAUCACAUCAAGCCCCUUUCAUUAAACACUUCACAAUUUCGAUUUACGCAAGCAAAUCAGCACAUAGCACCAUAACCAAAUGGCUCCAAUUCGCGCAGUCGAGACAAGUUGAGCGAUUGGAUUUAAACUUCAACUCUAUGACUAGGAGUGAAAGGCGUGCGGUUGUGUUAGAAGAUUUGGUGCGAGAGACGAGGCCUAUGAAAUAUCUCAAGGCUCUGUCUCUCGCAGCUAUGAAAGUCAGUGGUCAAGACAUCUCAUAUUUCCUCAAAACUAGUCCCUUGUUGAGGGAACUCAAUAUCACAGAAUCCUCUUUCACGUCUCAUCUUCAUGUCUCCGGUGAUUUGGAGAUUCUUCGGUUACGUGAAUGCAUCUUUAGGAAAUCCGUUAUCGAAAUUUCUGCUCCCCAUCUUUAUGAAGUUGUUUACGAUGAUGCAAAACCAGGCGCCCUACGGUUCAAGAAUGCUCCAAGACUUGCCAUAGCAAGUCUUGGAAUUGGAUGUCUAAAAUUCAAUUUUGCUUCAACAGUAUCUUCCCAUCUCCAAAAACUCAUAUUAUCUAUCCCAUACUCAAAAUCUAAGAUUCUUUUAAGGGAAGGGCUUCCUUUUAUGCCUAAUCUAAAGGAGUUGUACGUUGUAAUUUCACGUGUCCAUGUGCACCACUGUCUUGAGCCGGUAAAAUCUAUAAUAUCGGCAUGUCCUCAUCUUCAGAUGUUCACGUUCAAGUUUAAUAUGUACUAUAAAGAUGAUGAAAGAUGCCCAUACAAAUACGAAUAUAGGCCAAUUCAUGGCUAUGGACCAUCACAUGAUUUUAGAUGCCCACACCAACGUCUCAAAAUGUUAAAGUUUCGAGGAUCGUGUGCGACCGAUAUCAUCGAACUGAUGACCUAUGUUUCAGUUUGUUUCAAUGCAUAUCAACAGAUAAAUAAUUGUAAUACUUUACCUAUGAGUGAGACUAAGGGACAAGCUCAUAUGGUCCAUAUGCAACAACUUAUGUCCCUGUUAACUCAUCAAGUUGAAUUCGAAUUUAGAUAA